AUGCUUGGAAAAGACGAUGACAUUCACCAUUCGAAGGAAGUAUCGACUGUUACAAUGUCCCAGUCUCGUAAUCCAGUACAAUUACCAACAUCGAAUACUUUUGUUGCACGAAAUGUGUCUAAUCAAGUAUUGACACAGAAAUCUUCUAAACGUAAGACAAGAUUUUUUCUUGUAUUAUUUUUACAUCUAAUGCUUGUAUCAUCAUCUAUUCCAGAAGGACAUUUUGAUGCGUCUUCUUCUCGUGAUUCAAUGAAUUACGGGAUGGAUUUUGAAACAUUGGAUUCCAAUAAGAAACAAAGUACAAUGCGACAGGAUGAUGGUAAUGAAGAUGCUGAUAUAGCUGCUGAGCGUUCAGCCAAUGAUGAAUUAUUUAAUUUGUCAAAUGACAAAUAUGAUGAUGAUUGUGGCAUUUUGGAGGAUUCUGAAGCAGACCAAACUACAACAACUAAUGGUAAAUCUGCUGAAAAACAAGUGAAGAAAAGUGGAACAUAUGAUGAGUUACUAGUCAAAUACCAAAACUUAUCUGAGAGAUAUAAACGUUUGAAAAAUCAAGUAACAUAUUUACAAGAACAAAACGAAAUGUUAAAUGCGACGAUGUUACCUAUGCCUCCACCUGAAAUUCAACAAUGGUUUGUGCAUACUGCACAACGGUUUGAGAACAAACCAUUAUCAGGAACUGUUCUUAGAGGCUUCAGUACAGCAUUGGACGUACCAGUCAAUAUAUUAAUCUCAUUGAAACAAAAUACUGGAACUCUUACUGCACGAGCUAUCGUUCGUCAUUUAUUUCCAUCUAAAAGUCGUACAAUGGAUGACAUGACUGACGAUAUUCGUCAAUCGAUUCUUGAUUUUGUGAAAUACUGUCAUCCGAAUGAAUUCUUUGUUCGAGGAAAAAUCAAUGAAGCCAUCAAUGGUCCAUUCAGAACAGCCAACUAUGCAGCUGUGAAGCGUGUUUUGGAACAAAAGGCAACAAAAAAUAUUAAAUCAGAUAUAUUCCAAAUUUGUCAGAAUUGCAAUAAGGUUUAUCAAAAUGUAUGUGGUAAUACACAAUGCUGCUCCGAUGUGUCUCAAGCACAAUCUCCUGCUUUUCUUAAAUUUCAAGUUAAAGAUCAAAUUCAUUCAAUUUUAGCAUCUGAAAAUAAUUUUACUUUACAUUCUUCGUCAUCUUCAUGUUAUAGUAAUUGUAUUACUGAUAUUCAACAUGCUAAUUGGUAUCAAUCUAUUGCUUUAAAUGAAGAUACAUCGAAUUUUAUUACAUUAUUUUUAAAUGUCGAUGGAAUAUCUAUGUCUGAUAGCUCAGAUAAUAGUCUUUGGAUAUUCACUGUAAGCUGA